UUCAGAAUUUGAUAAAAUCAAUAAAUCGAAAUGUUAUCGUUGUGUUAUACAAGUUAUUAUGUGAUAUUGUGGAAAAUUUUCUUACUAAAUUAGGUAGGAAUUAAUUCAGUAUCUUAAGAAAUUAAAAAAAAAAUUACUAAAUGGCUUGUACAUGACACUAAUAAUAGUUAUUUAUAUUACAAGUGGGCUAGAAAUAUAAUUACACCUUCUGACGUGGAGGAAGCCGCAACGAAUGCAGUUUCAUCAUUACUACCAGAAAAGUUGCGAAAAAAAUGCAUGGUGUAAUCAGAAGUGUGUAGAAAACGAAACAAGUAAGAAAGUUUUCGAAAACAUGUCGAAAAAGUAUAAAUCGCCAAGUCUUUGGACUUUUUAUUCGAUUUUACGAGCAGUAAUGUCUAUGAAAAAGAAUGUUGAGUAUACUCAAUUAGUCGUUCUUUUAAAAAGACAAGGUAAGAUGUAUAAACCGAAAAAGUCUAAGGUAUUGUCGAAAACCAACAUAGAAAAAUUUCUAAAAGAAGCGGAUGAUGUUGUGUUGAUUAUAGGAAUUGCUGGAACGUAUCGCAACCAAGAGUUGGUCAAUUUGGUUUUAGGAGAUGUUAAGGAUGAUGGCCAAGUAUUUUAUAUUAACAUUCCGAUGUUUCGACGAAAAAAAACAACGUUUCGCGUGAAUUUUAUAUAAUGCCUGGAGGUUUUGAAGGAAUAAAUAUGAUCGAAAUAAUUCGAAAAUAUAAGCACUUACGUCCUCAACACGCCGACCACGUACGAUUCUUCGUUGGAUACAGAAAGGACGUUUGCAUUAAACAGCCUGUUACCGUAAAUACCUUGAUAGUAUGCCAAAAAAAUGGCAUUAUUUAUAAAAUUAAAAAAUCCUGAAGAAUUCAGACUAUCAUCAACAUCUUUGUUGGCGGAUACAGGAGCAGAUCUGUUAAGUGUUAAACGACAUGGCGGAUGGAAUUCCAACGCUGUUGCAUAGGGAUAUAUAAAUACUUCUGUGGUAUCAUUGAAGGCUGUUAGGUUUUAAAAUGAAAGAGUUUUUUCCCAACUACAUGUGAAUGUAUUUUACCCAAAGGUUCGUACAAUUCUGUCUCUUACAAAAGAGUAAGUAAUUUAAAGUCGGAAAAUAAAUGAAUUGGAAAAUAAAAAACAAGUAGCUCAGAAGAUAUUAGGUGAACAACGUUCAAGAAGUAAGGACAACAGCAAUCGACCUGUAGAAAUAACAACUAAAAAUUCAGCGACCUCAUCUGGAAUAAGUGUUUCGAAAUGUAAACA